GGUCAUCCCUCUAAAAAACACUAGUGGUUGACGAUGUCAAUUGACAGAAACCUCCACACGCACACAAUCACGCGAGUGAUUUCACCGCCCGCGUUGAGAAAAACCCACGAAUCUUCAGCGCCAAAUACCCAAACGUGUGGUCGGCUCCGUUAAAUCGUAACACCACAAAAUCAAAAUAUCUUACUCUCAACCACGUCACCGUUACCGUCACCGUUAUCUUAGUCGGUCUAUAUAUAUAACCAUACACAUCAUUGAAAUUCAAUGUUAUAAAAACACCAAAACCGAACACACUUUCUUCCUAAAACAGAAAACAAAACAAAAAGUUCAAACCGCACAAAGAUUUUCAUAACCUUAGUUUCAACGAACACAUUCAAGUUUCAAUUUAUUCGGCGCCGAAUUUUGUUCUUCAUUUUUUUUAAGGUUUAUAUGCUUUUGUCGAAACUAUCGAGGUAAAUUUUCCGGAUGCUGACGCUUGAUUUCUGAUUCUCUAGCUUGGCCGGUUUUUAGGAUUUCCUCUCAAUCAAGACAUCAGAUUCGUCAUCAUAGUAUGGACUCACAACAACUUUAUAGUUACAGCAUGACUACAGGAUUACCUUACAUGCAAUCUUUUCCAACUAUUCCAUCACUACAAAAUGGUUUGUUUGGAUCCUUGAAAGUUGGCGUCGGAAACUCACCUGAUUCGCCAUUUUCCUCUCAUUUUGAUUCUGAUACUCUUUCUGCAUUUAGUGACAGCCACGAGCAUUACAACUCGGGCGAAAUCCUAUCUGGUAUCAGCUCCUCUUAUAACUCAUCACUGGAAACCAACCAUUAUCUGCAAAGAUCGGUUUCAUCGGUCGACAGUCUCAAAGAAAGUUUGCAAUUAUAUUCUGCUAGAAAUUCUUCUCUACCAACUAACCAUAAAAUCAGACACGCCUUGUUGGAACUAGAAAAUGCGCUGAUGGCCCCUGAUGAUAACGAAGUUACGACAUCUAAUUCUUCAUUGGGUGAUAGCAUCAGGGAGACGGCAUCCGGCCCAAGAUAUAGAUCAUGGAGCCAUGAGAACCAAGGGUCACAAUAUAUUCAAAGUCAGCCAUCACACGUUACCAACAACACUAGGCAAUCAAAUGAAGUUGUGCAUGUUGAGAAACGACGAAAGUUGGAGGUGGAAUCCUCUCUACAAGAGUUUCCAUCGGGGGAUUUAAAGCAAUUACUGAUUGCAUGUGCCAAAGCUAUGGCUGAGAACAACACCCAAGAUUUUGACCUAUUGAUAGAAAGGGCUAGAAAUGAUGUGUCUAUCAAUGGAGAGCCAAUCCAGAGGCUUGGUGCUUAUAUGGUAGAAGGGCUUGUUGCAAGGAAGGAAGCGUCAGGGAAUAGCAUCUAUCAUGCUCUUAAGUGCCGCGAGCCUGAAGGCGAAGAGUUACUCACAUACAUGCAACUGCUUUUCGAAAUCUGUCCGUACUUAAAGUUCGGUUACAUGGCUGCAAAUGGAGCUAUUGCCGAAGCUUGCAGGAAUGAGGAUCGCAUACACAUCAUAGAUUUUCAGAUUGCUCAAGGAACUCAAUGGAUGACACUUCUUCAAGCUCUUGCUGCAAGACCUGGCGGAGCUCCCCACGUGCGGAUCACAGGAAUCGAUGACCCCGUCUCUAAAUAUGCACGCGGUGAUGGACUAGAAGUAGUCGGGAAAAGAUUGGCCAUGAUGUCCAAGAAAUUUAACAUCCCGGUUGAGUUUCACGGUAUUCCUGUUUUUGCUCCUGACGUUACAAGAGACAUGCUUGAUAUCAGAGUCGGAGAAGCUUUGGCUGUGAAUUUUCCGUUACAACUCCAUCACACAGCUGAUGAGAGUGUUGAUGUGAACAAUCCAAGAGAUGGACUUUUAAGAUUGGUGAAAUCUCUUGCUCCAAAAGUGGUCACACUUGUGGAGCAAGAAUCAAACACAAACACAACACCUUUCUUCAACAGGUUCAUAGAAACUUUAGAUUACUACUUGGCAAUCUUCGAGUCUAUCGACGUCACGCUCUCGCGAGACAGCAAAGAAAGGAUUAACGUCGAGCAACAUUGUUUGGCUCGUGAUAUCGUGAAUGUCAUUGCUUGUGAAGGUAAGGAAAGAGUCGAGCGACAUGAACUGUUCGGUAAAUGGAAGUCUAGGUUGACGAUGGCGGGAUUUCGUCAAUGUCCUUUAAGUUCUUAUGUGAAUUCUGUUAUAAGAAGUCUUCUGAGAUGCUAUUCAGAACACUAUACAUUAGUGGAGAAAGAUGGGGCAAUGCUUUUAGGGUGGAAGAACAGAAAUUUGAUAUCUGCUUCAGCAUGGCAUUGAUGAAAAAACAUAUUAAGAUAAGAAAUAGUAUAGUAAUUGUAGAAAUAACAUGAUGAUGGAAGCCAACAAGGUUUGUGUUGAUUUCAAGUGCUAUGUAUCCAUUGUCACUGUUUUAUAGGUUUAUGUUCCUUAAAUUUGUCCAUAAAGAGUAUGAUGUAGUAGUUAUGUAGUAAUAGUGAUUCUUUUAUUAUAUGUUUUAGGUAUGUAAUGUUCACUUUUGUUUUUUAGAUGUUGAUAAAUGAAAAAUGCUACUUUGCUUUCA